AUGUAUAAGGGACGUCGAACCUGGGGCACAGGGCGAGCGCCCGCGCCAGCCAUCACAACACCAUCACCUCCACUUGGAGAUGUAAUUGAGCGCAUCACCAAAAAGGGCCUUCUCAGCAAUGACUCUCGUGCAGAGAUUGAGAAUGUCAAAGUAGUUGCAUCCUACAACUGGAUAAGCUCUUCCUCUUCGAAAAUCAUCAUCCCAGGCCAACCACCCAAGUGGACACCGCCCAAAGGUCACAAUAAGCUUCCUGGAGACUCUGGCGAUUACUAUCGCGAUGUAAAUGCAGCGUCAUACCCCAAACAUCCUCUUGAGCCUGCCGUCGUCUCGGUGAUGAAGAUGAACCCCGAACCCAUCCCCGUCGACAUUGUCGCAUGUGGAAGUACAAUCGGUAACCUCCUGCGCUUUGCUAGGGGUGCUGAUAUAGACCGCUCAUUUCGGAUCCUCGUCGAGAAGGUUGGAGAAACCGUCCAUCUCAUUCGCAGAGAAAAUUCACCUCAGGAGAAGAUCGAAGGCGUCCGAGGAUUUGGGCACACAUUUCCGGAGGCAUACACUACCUGGGACUCUGGAGUUAAGCGCUCCAAGUCUCACCAGCGGAUUCUUGCGUAUCAAUUUGGCGGUCUUGAUCUCAUGGUCCGAUUCGAAGGUGAUGGGUAUAUUGGAUCGUCCCGUCCCCAAACCCGGAGCAAGACUGAGAAGGAAGACGCGCUUACUCAGAUACAAAGCCUCGGUAUUACUGAAUCGCCAUCCGACGGUACCGGGGACCUCAAAGUCGCAGACGGAGGUGAAUCUGUCCCUCAAAGCAGUGUCUUCGACUUGAAGACGCGAUCAGUAAUGGCGCGUGGAAAAGACCAUCUUGGUGAGCAGCUGCCACGCUUGUGGAUUGCUCAAAUCACCCAAUUCCUUCUCGCCUACCACGAAAGAGGAGUCUUCAGAGACGAGAACAUUGAGAUCAAAAACGUCAAGGCCGAUAUUGACGAAUGGCAAGAGCUGAAUCAGCCUUCACUGAAGCGUCUCGCUGCCCUUCUGCGCCUUAUCAUUGACAAGGUCCAUGCGUCCAAGGAUGGUAAAUUAGAGAUCGUCUGUUCUGACGGCGGUCCCCUCGAGAUUCGCAAACAACUGCCGGACGCAGGUAAUGCUCUGUCGGAGCCAGUAAAGAAGCAAUGGGAGGCCUGGUUGGACACCGCCAAAGAACAGGUCAAUUCGGAAGACUCGGGACGCUGGGAGACGUAUAUGGCGGCGCUUUCGGAUGAAGAGAGUGAUUACACCGCGUGUGAUGCAGAGUGCGGAUAUUGUGGAAAGUGUAUUUACUGA